AUGGAGGUUGAUUCAUCUCUCUGUGAGGACGCCACCCCGGAUGUAGAUCGUGAUGUCGCCGCCGGGAGUGAGGAUGUUGAGUUCAGCACAUAUGAAGGGGAUCAUGCAACUUAUGAAGGAGAUCAGGCAACUCAAGGGGAUCAGGUGGUUGAUAAAACUGGGCAAAGUUCAAUCGCUCCUAAAGUUGGAAUGGCUUUCGAAUAUGAGGACAAUGCCUAUGAGAUGUACAACAAGUAUGCUGGGAUAAUUGGGUUUAGUAUUAGAAAGAACACCACAAAGCGCCGACCAGAUGGCACUAUAUAUCAGAAAUAUAUAGUUUGCAGUGGCGAAGGAUAUGGUAAACCUGAGUCGUCAAAGGGUACGACACGUACAGAAUGCGGUGCUUGCAUUCAGCUUGUUGUCAGUAAAGAGGGGAUUUGGACAGUGAAAAGUGUUGUACUAGAGCAUAAUCAUUACCUUGCUAGUCCAAAUAAGAAGAAAAAUCUAAGAUCAGAGGCGGAUAGAAAGCUAAUUGGUCAGAUACGGGAACCUGAAAUGAGGGCCGCCCAGGUGUUUGAGUUCAUGAAGGAGUUCUACGGAGGAGCCGACAGAGUGCCAUGCUCAAAGAUGGAUUGCAAUAAUGAGAUUGGUCGUGAGCGCAAGAAGUACUUAGAAUCCAAUGAUGCACAAACACUAUGCAACUACUUGCAGAAUAAACAGCGUGAGGAUCCUACAUUUUUCUAUGCAAUUGAUAUAGAUCAGGAAGAUGGACCCGAUAAAGGCUGUAUAGCUAAUUUCUUUUGGGCAGAUGGUCAGUCUAUCAUGGAUUAUGCAUACUUUGGUGAUGCUGUGACAUUUGACACCAUGUUUCAAACUAAUAAGUUUGAAAUGCCUUUUGCUCCAAUCCUCGGUACCAAUCAUCACAAGCAAACUAUAAUUUUUGGGGCUGCAUUGCUAUUUGAUGAAACAAUUCCAUCGUUUGUAUGGCUCUUUGAAACUUUUUAA